CGCACUGGAGCCCUGGCCAGCGCGCAGUCUUCCCCGGCGCCGGCAAGCUGAGUUUUGGGAAUUCUGGUUUGCUUUGGCUUACUGGCUCUUACAAACUACUGGAUCUUACAUGACUCUGUGUCCCCCAACUUCCACUCCAUGUCCCCAUGCUCCUGCUCCAGCAACAGGACCUGUUCUCUGGAUGUCAGCUGAGUUACUAAGGUAACUCUGCAUGUCAGUAGAAAGACCUUGGUAGAACCUCAAGGCUCCUGGAGACCCCCAACUCUCCUUUUUUUUUUUUUUUGGUGUGUGUCCUCACUGAGCAUUCAAAACUGUUUCUCCAAAGGGUUUUGCAAAAACUCAGACUGUUCUCCAAAGCAGAAGCACUGGAGUCCACGGCAGAAGCGAUGGGCAGUGUGCGAACCAACCGCUAUAGCAUCGUGUCUUCAGAAGAAGACGGCAUGAAGCUGGCCACCAUGGCGGUUGCAAAUGGCUUUGGGAAUGGGAAGAGCAAAGUCCACACCCGACAACAGUGCAGGAGCCGCUUCGUGAAGAAAGAUGGGCACUGCAAUGUUCAGUUCAUCAACGUGGGUGAGAAGGGACAACGGUACCUCGCAGACAUCUUUACCACAUGCGUGGACAUUCGCUGGCGGUGGAUGCUGGUUAUCUUCUGCCUGGCUUUCGUGCUCUCGUGGCUAUUUUUUGGCUGCGCAUUUUGGUUGAUAGCUCUGCUCCAUGGGGAUCUGGAUGCACCAAAGGAGAGCAAAGCUUGUGUGUCUGAGGUCAAAAGUUUCACGGCCGCCUUCCUCUUCUCCAUUGAGACCCAGACCACCAUAGGCUAUGGUUUCAGGUGCGUCACAGACGAGUGCCCGAUCGCUGUUUUCAUGGUGGUGUUCCAGUCAAUUGUGGGCUGCAUCAUCGAUGCCUUUAUCAUUGGCGCAGUCAUGGCGAAGAUGGCAAAACCGAAGAAGAGAAAUGAGACUCUUGUCUUCAGUCACAAUGCUGUGAUCGCCAUGAGAGAUGGCAAGCUCUGUUUGAUGUGGCGAGUGGGCAAUCUUCGGAAAAGCCACCUGGUGGAAGCUCAUGUUCGAGCGCAGCUCCUCAAAUCCAGAAUUACUUCAGAAGGGGAGUAUAUCCCCCUGGAUCAAAUAGACAUCAAUGUUGGCUUUGACAGUGGAAUUGACCGUAUAUUUCUGGUGUCCCCAAUCACAAUAGUCCAUGAAAUUGAUGAAGACAGCCCUUUGUAUGACUUGAGUAAACAGGACAUUGACAACGCAGACUUUGAAAUUGUCGUGAUACUGGAAGGCAUGGUAGAAGCCACAGCUAUGACGACACAGUGCCGUAGCUCGUACCUGGCAAAUGAAAUCCUUUGGGGCCACCGCUAUGAGCCUGUCCUGUUUGAAGAGAAGCAUUACUACAAAGUGGACUAUUCGAGGUUCCACAAGACUUAUGAAGUACCCAACACACCCCUUUGCAGCGCCAGAGACUUAGCAGAAAAGAAAUAUAUCCUCUCAAAUGCAAAUUCAUUUUGCUAUGAAAAUGAAGUUGCCCUCACGAGCAAAGAGGAAGAUGACAGUGACAAUGGCGUUCCAGAAAGCACAAGUACAGACACACCCCCUGACAUUGACCUUCACAACCAGGCAAGCGUACCUCUAGAGCCCAGGCCCUUACGGCGAGAAUCAGAGAUAUGACUUACUGAUUCCUUCUGUGGAAUAGUUACGUUAAAACACAGUCUGGUGGUCAAAGGCCCGAAACAGUGAUUCAGACGACGGUACUGGUGAAGAGGUGGGUGAAGGCAAGUGGCCACCAGGGACUGAGGCGAGCACAAUGGUUUCAGAGAAAGACUCUAAGCUCAAAGAUUAACGGAAAGCACUAAACAUGCCUCCCCAUGACCUGAUGGCACAUAUACAUGUUGUAGAAUAAGUUAUGGGGGUCUUGUGUUGCGUUUUGUGUUUUUACAAGACUUGAACUUGCAGGCAAGCCUUGGUUGGGUAUUUGACUUAUCCAGAAUGCUUCUCUUUAGGGAACAAGAAUGUUUUUAAUGGCAUAACAAAGGCAAGACUCUGCCUUAAUCUCGAAAAGCUGCUAAAAACUACAUGAACACAAAUUGUAUUUUUGUUGCAGUGUAGUUUUUCCUUAGUGUAAUUUAAAAGUCAGUAUUGAACUUUGUUGAAAGCUCAUGAUAUGCGCUUCAAAGUGGCAAGUAUUUGGCUAUUAGCUGCCAAAAUGAGAGCCUGAUUUUUCGAGGCCAGUAAUUUGUUUGCUAGAAUUGAUUCUCUCUCUCUCUCUCUCUCUCUCUCUCUCCCUCUCUCUCUCUCUCCAGUUACAUAAGGGCAUUAUGUAACACUAGCCAAAUGGUAGCCUCCAGGUUGGUUUUUUUUCCCUCCAUGAUGUUAAUGGGUUAUCUAAAAUUUUAAGUCAGACUACCUAAAGUAAAUACCAAAGAUAAUGCACAUUUUUGCACAGUGGAGUUUAUACUUAAAAGGGAAGAAAAGAUUCCUUGAAAUCAAGAAAUAAUGACUUUGAACCUCAGCAAGACCUGAACUGACUGCCCUCUAGAAAAUAGGACAUUGUACACACAGCAUCUAGUGCUUUUUAAAUUUUGUUCUUUCAUGUAACUUUUGUAUUAAAAGAGGAAGAAGAAAGGGGAAGUGACAUUCAUACACACGCACACUAUGAAAACACCUUUUCUCUCCGGCCGGGUAGUGCUGGUGAGGCUAACACGUAAGGUGAGAGUUGGUGACAGGUUCUUAGAUUUUUCUGGGUUUUCCCUUUUUGCACAUUCCAAAAUUUAUUCCAUAAGAUGAGAGCUUGGUUGAAUUUAGUCAGCAUCCUCAAAACUGAGCCAUCCACCACGGAAGGUAAAUUGGUUUAAGUCCUUGCGGUUGAAUUCAUUUCCCUGACUCUCAGGACAUUUCCUGAUGGACUUUGCCUUAGAAAAGAUGCCACACCAGCUCUCUGGGCUGGUUCUUCUGAUCAGUCUGUCUGGAGAAAUGCCAAAGUGGGGGAGGCGGCGAGAUGCGGACAAGCCUCUUUGGAUGUGGUACAUCAGCUCCAGCAUUCAGGAGGGAGAGGAAAAUCACUUAGCGGUAGAGGGUAGGAUUGAAAAUGUCUCAGUAUUUUACAGUCAACAAGAGCCAUACAAAGUAUAACACAAUCACAAAGAAAGGAGAUGAUGGCCAAAAAGGGUUAUUUCUCCUUUAUGGGCGCCCACUAAUGACUGAAUCUGAGCUGAUUCUUGUCCCCUGUGGCCCUCACGUGCGGGUCACUAUGGACACUGUUUCCCAGAAUCCUAUCCUGCCCGGCUGCCUAACUUGCUAAAACAAUUUUCCUCCACUGUAGUUUAAUACUUUUUUCUUGGUCUGAAGUGCCCUAUCUGUGAAUUCUGGGGUCACUGACUUUUCUUCUUAAUUGGAGUCUCAAAACCAACUCUCUCAUGGUAUUAUGUCCCUGUAUGCCAUUAAAAAACAGCUUGUUCUAGAAUCCUGUAUUUUGUGAAUUGAUGUUUGUGACGGUCUCUGGGUCUUGAGCAGCCAUAUCUGAAUGCAGUGCCUGCGAUGAGGUCACAGCACCUGCUGUUGUCAGCCUUCCAAGUCCUUGGGUUUGAAACCUGUGGCGUUAAAUUCCUGGAAACCAAGACAGAGGUGUCAAGCAAGUGGAUGCUGUUUGCAGUUCAGAUUGAAAGGCAGGUUUGGGAAGUUGUUCAGAGAGCUGGAGGGACUGGGACUGAGUGAACAAGAGAAUCGACCCAAGAGGCAGCAGUUUGGCCAUUGACAGUGAGAGGGUACCAGGGGGGCUUCAGCUGCUGCUAUUUGAUAUUUUGCAAAGGAAAAUAAUCAAACCAAAGAGUAUUCAGUGAUAUGUAAAUGAAAUGAAGGUGGAGUUGAGAGUGGGGGUGACUGCAGACAAGGCUUCUCCCAGACACACAGGCUGCCACUUAAAAGACUAGAGAUACCUGAAGAGGGGGCGGGCAUGGGGGGGCAGGAAGGAGGGAGGGAAAUCUUUCAACUUCUUUCUGAAACAGAGAAAAAAAAAAUCUAAAACUUCUGGUGCACAGGUUUGUUUGUUUGUUUGUUUGUUUUUCAAGAAAAUUUUGCAGAAGCUAUGUUUUUAAAGUGUACAUUUUAUAAAGUUUAUCAGAUAUUUUCAUAUUUAAAGCCAAAUGUAAAUAGAAGUGUGUAAAGGGAAAAAAGUUGCCAUAGCAAGUAUACUUCCAGUGCAGCAAUUUCUGAGAGCUAAGUACCCGUAUGCUACCGGUUAGCAUGGUUUUAGCAAGUGUAUACCAGCCUUAUAAGGUUUGUAUUGCUACGUUCUCCGGUUAUUUAUUUCAGCAUGGACUGUUCAUUUGAAAGCUUUUUUCUAGUUAUUAAUAUUUUAACAGUUACAAGCUUUUUUUUUUUUUUGUCAAGAGCCACGACACAGGUAAUGCACAAUAUUUUUUUUUGCUGCAUUUUACCUUUAAAACAUUUGAAACAUUUGUCCUUACUGCCCAGGUCUCCUCAAUCAGUACACACAUGUCAUUAGAAUGCAGAUUGAAGGGACUCACCGCAAAUGUCUGGGGUCUAUCCCUGGAUGCAUGUUGCUUCUCUAUUGCAAGCAAACCCUCAUUGAAUUUACUUAGGACUUAUUCCCUUUUAAAGAAUUCUUUGCCCAUAUCUGGCUGGGCGUUAUAUUUUUGGGAGGAGGCAUAGACUCUUGGUUAUCCUAUUUUUUAAAUAAAAUGUAGACAAAGUGAAUUCUAUUUUGAUUAUUGAGAAAGGAAUAGUUUUCUAUCCCUCUAAGCAUAUACUUGAAUCAGACAUUUAAAGAAUGUCAGCUCUAGCACUGUAGUUUUUUCCAAAUUCCUGGAGAAAGUUUUACCUUUAAGAAACAGUCUGUUAAUGAAUUAUUCUUUCCCUUUGCUUCCUUUUCGUCCUUACAAACUCCCAUCCCAAACCUUGAUGUUUAUUUCAUGGGCUGUAUCCCCCCAAAUUGUUACCCUUGCAAGUACCAAAUGUCAGUUCACAUUAUAUGAUUAAGCCCCUCAGUAAAGGCAAGAAGCUUGUCCUGAGAAGCAGAGCGAGUUCCUUUUCACUCUGUGUCUGCUAAUGUUCAGGUGGAAAAACAAAGUGUUGCAUAGUCAUCCCUGCCCGCCACGCACUCUCCCAACUAGAAUCUCUUUUCUAGCGACGUUGGGUUUUAGCUCUGGCCUCUGGCGAGUUGAACAAACCCGGCCUUGUACAACCGUGAUAGUUAUUAGCUUCCCAUUUGCCGUCCUUUUGUAUCUACAGUCUUCCUAUUGUACUGCACAAACCAUGGAUUGUACAUAUUUUUAUAUAUUAUGUCUUAUUUUAUUAUUUCUAAAUAAAAACUUCAAUGUUGAAAAACUAA